GUGUUUCAGAAUUUCUUCUGUGUACCUUCUUUGUUUAUGAUGUCAACGACCAGAGACAGUAUGUCUCUUAUGCAAUCUUCACUUCCAACAACUUCUACAGACCUGGCCCUCCAAGGGAUACUUUGAGUCUAAACUGGUCCAGGAAGACACCAGCUGACUUGGUGGUAAUGGCGGAGACCUCUGUGUUGUUGAGUGGGGAUCUGCUGAGCGGUGGACAAGAAUAUCGUGUGCACCUGUCCCCUGAUGGCCUGCACUGGCAGCUGACCAAUCAGAAGAAGGAUUCUACAGAGGUGAGCCUGCCAUGGAGUGACAUCUACAGCCUGGUCACAGACGGCCAGGGGGAGACAACUCAGAUGAAUGGAGAAGGCAAGAGCUUCACCAUCCACUUUAUAACCCACAGAAGGGAUAAGAAGUGGAAAGCAACUGAGAAGAAGUUUGAUGUGAAGGAAGGUGAUGUCAGUGACUGGGUCCGCCAGAUACAAGCCAACUACAGACCAGCUACCCCUAAAAGGCUGCUUGUGAUAGUGAACCCAAUCGGUGGGAAGGGUCAAGGUCGUCAGGUCUAUGAAAAGAAGGUGGCACCUCUCUUCAAGACAGCUGGGAUCGAGACUCAUGUUUUCAUAACAGAGAGAGCCAAACAUUCAGAAGAAAUUAUCAACAACUUUGACUUCUCUAAAGUUGAAGGCCUGGUGACAGUCGGGGGCGAUGGGAUGUACCAGGAAGCUCUCAACACGCUCAUCCAGCGAAACCAGAAAGAGGCUGGCAUCGACAUCAAUAAUCCGGAGUCUGUCCUCAAACCACUUGAUAUCAAGUUUGGCAUCAUUCCGGCAGGCACUGGUAAUGGAGUGUCUGCUCUGGCAGCGGGAGUUAUAGACAUAGAGACAGCAAUACUACAUGUUAUCAGAGGAGAGACAAUAGGCUUUAAUAUAUUCGGUAUCUACGAGCCCGGGAAGUUGCUGUCCUACAGUGGUCUUCUGUUCGCUCACGGAUUCUCUUCUGCCAUUAUCAAGAAGACUGACGAGAAGAGAUGGAUGAAAACUUUCCGAUAUCCAUAUGUCAUGAUAACUCAUUCAUUCAGCAAGAAGCAAGUUUAUGAACCAGAAAUCCAUUUGCUGGAGAAGACAGCUGGCGAUGACUCCCAAGAGAUAGCUGAAUCAGAAGGAGCUGCUGCCCCAGCCAAGGAGAAAGGCUGGCGGAGACUUGAGGCCAUGCAGCAAAUGGACAUGAUGAUCUUUAUAUGCAAGAUAGAUACUAAGCAGGACAAACUGAAGAUGCUACCUUCAUCGGACAGUUUUACUGUUUUCUUGACCAAACUGUGUGCAGGCUGGACCUACUUGAAGAUGAUGUUUGGACUAAUGAGACAAUCCAGUGAUGCUAUGGACGUCCCCCAGUUGGUCGUGCAUCAGGAUGUCACAGGAAUGAAGGUCAAGUUCAACAUCGAUGAGAACCCAUCACUUUCUGAGAAGGAGAAGAUGUAUGGAAGCUUGCUGAACAUUGACGGGGAGUUGUACAAGUCUGAGUGUGGGGAAGUGGAGAUCCGGUUGAUAUCGAGGUAUGUGCCGAUGUAUGCAACCCCUGUCGAUUCGUUCUCAUCAACACCAGGGGAGGAUCCAGGAGAGCCACCACAGACUGCCUAGAGAGUGCUGUGGAAGCACCAUGAUCUGCAGCCAAAUCUGUUCAAAAUACUGUGCAGCAACAACUGAUUCUUAAGGCUAAAUGUUUAACAUAGGAAAUGAUAAACAUGGACUUUGACUUGAUUAAAGACAGUGUGAUUGUCUUCCGUCUUUUAACUGCAUCAAUAUGAAGAUACAAUAGACUGAUGUACCGGGUGUGUUCUAUGUAUACUAAACAACAGAAAUGAAAGAACACUCAAUUUGUUCAUAUUACUAUACUUAACAUACCUGGAAGAUGGAAGUGUUGGAGGUUCUUUAAUUUCUUUUGAGUAGUACAGAUACCUUUCCGACACAAAUAUCUUCAGCGCCAAAUACUGAUAGAUCGUAAUAUGGGUGCUUGAAUGUAUCACGUCCACUCGUGUUCCACAAUGGGUAACAAGUGCAUGCCUCAUCGAAUCACACUGCAGCAGCAAACUGGUCAACCAGUGUUUGCCCAACGACUGCCCUUUGAAAGACCUAAGGUCAAAAGAGACAUUUUUUCGUACUGUUAUAUGUGUUUACCGAAGGCCUGGGUUUUAAGCCUUUUGACCACUUGGCAGCUAUUAUAUAUUGAUUAAUCAAGCACUAUGAACCUUAAAACAGAAUGUAUGAGUGAGUGAGUUGGGGGUGGGAGUGAGUUUGAAAUACUAUUGUUUAACAGUAUCAUUCAUAAUGAGAAACCACAAAAACAUGACAUUUUGAAUGCACCAUUUAGAUGGAGAAUAUAUUUUACCGAGUUAUGGACAAUGUAUAAGUUAUUUUAGUGGGUUGGGUUUGUUCCAAUUAGGGUGGGCUUCUGAAGCAGCAUUCCUCAACAUAUAUCGUGAAACUUGUAUACACGUCAGGAACAUGCUCAAUGGGUGCCCUUGAACAAAGGGAAUUAUGUUUUGAUUUUCUAUUCUGUAAGUUCUAUAAUAGUGUAGAUUUGGAGUUUUGUUUGUAUUUUUCUAGUGUCAAACCUUUCAUUAUUACUCCAUAAAUGUAUGAGGAUAGUUAGGACUUGUGCCUACCAAUUGAUUUGUUUAUAAGUGUACCAAGCAGUGCUAGCGGGUGAGAUGUAUAGCUGGUGUCUCCUUGUUUCCUAUACAACACUGAGGGGAAUUACAAUGAUGCUCCCUUGUCUCUAGCCCCAAAAUGGGAAGCUGGGUAAUUAACCAGAAUAAUUAUGGAUCAUGUGCCCUUGUAUGAAUAUUUCCUGAAUAUGUGCCUUCCUGGUUUAUAUAUAUAUGAAAUGUAUCUUUAUAUUUUGAAGCAUAUAUCAACUUUUAUGAAAGGUUUUGAUUUAAAGAAAUAGGAUCUGUCACAGUUAAUGAUGUGGGUUGUAUGUCAUAUGUAUGUCAUGUUGUGAACAUUUCUGAUUUAACUGUGCAAUAUCAUGUGGUGGUCCCAGUAUCUGUGAUGGUUUCACACACUUAUGUGAAACUGUGUUGUGAAAAUACAGUGAAACCACAUGAACGUCUUCACACUAGAUGUUGUUCAUAACAGUUCAUUUUGACAAUCACAUCAGAAUCGUAAUUGUCCCUAUGGGUCAAUAUUGACGCUUUGCCGGUGCCAAAUAUUGGUUUGGUAUUGCCCUCUGCUGGUGCCAAAUAAUGGUUUGGUAUUGACACUCUGCUGGUGCCAAAUAAUGAUUUGGUAUUGACACUCUGCUGGUGCCAAAUAAUGGUUUGGUAUUGACACUCUGCUGGUGCCAAAUAAUGGUUUGGUAUUGACACUUUGCUGGUGCCAAAUAAUGGUUUGAUACUGACGCUCUGCUGGUGUCAAAUAAUGGUUAACAUGAUGCAGCUUUAUGGUCUUGACUUGAUGAGGUGCCCUAAGAUCAAUAUGCACACAUCAGAAAGUGAUUCCAUCAAUUAUAGGAAAGAUUUCCACAGUUUCUGAAAAUGAAGAUGUUUGAACAAAUACAGAGCAAGAUAUCAAGAGAGGUUGACUCGUCAUAUUUUCGUUGACAUAUAACUACAGGUACAUCUUAAACUAUGACCCUCACUUUCAUUACUUUUAAUGCUUAUUUUAGUUCUAUUGUGAACUAUUUUUUUUCUGUAAAAUAUGUUCAUUUGAGAGACUAGUUGUUAGUCUACAAGCUUGACUGUACCCCUGUUACAGUGAGCUGAUGGUUCAGGAAGGAUCAUGUACGGUUUAUGGUGUUUUACAUGUUUUACAUGUUCAUCUGCUUCUAACCAUCUCUCUAUAUAUAUGUUUGUGUAUUUAUAAUCGAGCAGCAUAUUAUUGUUUGUAACCGAUAGUAUUAUUUGUUUAUAUAUUGCACAUACCCUAUGUGUUUUUAUGUCACAUACAGAUGUUAUUUUGUGUCAGAUACACAUGUGUUGUUUUAAAUGUUGUAUGUUUUUUAUUAAUGGUAGUCCCAAGGCUAAUAUGUCCAGACUUUACUGUACAAGUAGAGCAUUAAUUUUAUUUCUGCUCUUUUUCUAUCAUAUUGUGCUUUCAUAGAAUAAUUAAAUGAGUUUAUUAAUUGAAAA